UCUGUCCUGACUGGAUUAGAUGCUGUGGGAGCCGUUAUACGGAGGUGCCUGCUGCUGGUUCUGCCUCAUCCUUGUGGAAAGUGGACGCGGUGCUUCUUCUGCUUUGGGGAGGAAUCUCGGAGGAGCCCGUCUCCACCUGACAGACGGGCUAUAAGGCAAGCCGUGGUCUGUUAGACAGUUCCUGAGUGAAAGCAGUCUGGAAAGAACCCGAGAUCAGUGCGGAUUUUUCCUCUGGAUCUCUUCCUCACCGGGAGCGCGCUGGAAGCACAGCCGCGUAGGGAUUUUGGUGGAGGGGACGCAGCGGAUGCGCCACGGCGGAGCGGAGGAGCUACGGGCAGAUAGAUGAGUGUGUAAGAGAAACUGUGCCGCGAUGACGUUAUUCAAAGGCCCUGGGGACAACAUAUGUAGUCAGUUUUACAAGCAAGGAAGCUGGAAACUAAGAAUGUUACUGCUUUUGUUUGUGACUGUGGAGUUGUUAACAGUAACUGUCGAUGCGAACGCCACGCCAGGCAUCCUGGAGCUACAGUUGGACGAAGAGCAGCCUGCAGGAACAAUAGUGGGUGACAUUAGUGCUGGAUUACCGCCUGGAGAAACCGCGUCACUCUACUUCAUCUCUGAUCACGAAGGCACAGGUGUGGGGAGCGAUCUCCAUAUUGACGAGACCACUGGCAUCAUCAAGACCGCUCGACGGCUGGACCGGGAGGAGAGGGAUCACUACAGCUUUAUAGCAGUCACUAUGACCGGCCUUACAGUGAAGGUGUCUAUCACUGUGAAUGACAUCAAUGAUCAUGCACCGGUGUUCCCCAAGAAGAAGGCCUCUCUGAAGAUCCCUGAACAGACCGCAGUGGGGACCAAGUUUUCCCUGGAGCCGGCCACUGAUGCAGACAAAGACCAGCUCACCACCCAGGGGUAUCUCAUCAAAGAAGGCAAUGUAGGGCAAGUGUUCAGGCUGGAGACCAAGAGGGCAGCAAACAAAGUCCUUUACCUGGACCUGGUGGUCAAUGGUGUCCUAGACCGGGAGAAGAGGGCUUCUUACUCCUUGCUUCUGGAGGCCUUUGAUGGUGGAUCUCCUAAGAAAACUGGGCAGAUGACGCUUGAUGUGACGGUGCAGGAUAUAAACGACCAUGCACCUGUUUUUAAUCAGAGCAGAUACCAUGCCAUCAUCUCUGAAAGCCUGCCCCAGGGUAGCAACAUCCUUCAGGUGUUCGCCUCAGAUGCAGAUGAAGGCGACAAUGGCCUUGUGCUUUAUGAGAUCAACCGCCGACAAAGUGACCCAGACAGAUACUUUGUCAUUGACCCUCGGUCCGGAAUUAUCACGCUCAAUAAGCCUUUGGACUACGAAGUAAGGAAGGUCCAUGAGCUGGUAGUGCAGGCGAGAGACAACGCCAGCCACCCAGAGAUCACUAAUGCCUUUGUCACAAUCCAUGUCCGAGACUACAAUGACAACCAGCCCACUAUGACCAUCAUCUUCCUCAGUGAAGAUGGGUCCCCACGAAUAUCUGAGGGCGCCCAGCCUGGUCAGUAUGUUGCCCGUAUCUCAGUCUCAGACCCUGAUUACGGUGAAUAUUCCAACGUCAAUGUCUCCCUGGAAGGCGGAGAUGGUAAAUUUGCCCUCACUACCAAGGACAGCAUCAUCUACCUCAUCUAUGUGGACCAGGUUCUGGACCGUGAAGAGAGAGACUCGUACGAGCUCCGUGUCAUGGCUACAGACUCCGGCACCCCACCACUCCGAGCCGAGUCGUCCUUUACAAUCGAAGUCACAGACAUCAACGAUAACCCUCCUUUGUUUGACCAGCAGGCAUACAAGCAGACUAUUCCAGAGGUGGUUUAUCCAGGUAGCUUUGUGUUACAGGUGACAGCACGAGAUAAAGACCAAGGCCCCAAUGGUGACGUUCGCUACAGCAUCUUGCCCGACAAGGGCACACAUUCUGAUUGGUUCACCAUCGACCCUGUGACAGGGAUCAUCACUACGGCUACCCAGCUGGAUUACGAGACCUACCCGAAGCCCAGUAUCAAGGUAGUGGCUACGGACAGAGGAAAGCCCCCCUUGUCCUCCACUGCCCUGGUGGAAAUCAACCUACAGGAUAUUAAUGACAACGAGCCAGUCUUUGGGAGCAGCUUCUACAAUGUGUCCAUCAAGGAGAACACAGCCGCUGGGACCUGUUUCCUUGAGGUGGCAGCAAAUGAUGCUGAUGGCGGCUCGUUCGGCGCUAUAACGUAUUCUCUAGGAUCGGGACCCAGCAGUUCUGCUCCUUCACUGUUCAGCAUCAAUAAAGAGACAGGACAGAUCUGCACCAGCACUGCGCUGGACCGAGACGAAGGAGCCGACAGCUUCGAGUUCAUCGUCACUGCUGCUGACGGGGGUGGUCUGAGUUCAUCAGCGUACGUGAAGGUGUCACUGCAGGACAUCAACGACAACAGGCCCACGUUUUACCCGGUCAACUACGCGGUCAGCUUGAGCACGCAGAGUGCUCCCGGAACCUCCGUCAUCAGGGUAACGGCCCAUGACCCUGACGCCGGGGAGAACGGCAAAGUGACGUAUCGCACUGUGCCAGGAGGAGGCUCCAACUUCUUCACCCUCAACAAGGACACAGGGGUGAUCUCUCUGUCCCGCUCCCUGCAUGGAAAGGCCAACUCUGUCAUCACCAUGGUGAUCACAGCGCUGGACGGAGGUGGUCUCACGGCACCGGUAAAUGCCAGAGUGAACAUCAGUGUGGUGGCUGGCUCAGUGGCGCCUCCUGUGUUCGAGCAGGCUCAGUACUUCUUCACUGUCUCUGAGGAUGUGCUCAGAGGCACUGAGGUCGGGGUAGUACGGGCUAACAGCCGAAACGGAGCCACUAAGGAUAUCUCCUACACCAUCUCCUCUGGCGAUCCUGAUGGAUAUUUCACAGUUGACUCUGAGACAGGAGCCCUUCGCACCAGCCUGCCGCUGGACCAUGAGGCUCGGCCGUCUCUGGAGUUGGAGGUCCAAGCCAGCAGCGGCUCCCCACCGGCCUUUGGUCAGACACGAGUCAUGAUCACUAUUGCUGACGUCAAUGACAACGCGCCCACCUUCCUGCCCUCCUCUUCUGAGUCCCUGCUACUUCCCGAGGCCACCAAGAUCGGCUCGGUGGUGUACCGCGUCCAGGCCAAGGACCGUGACUCGGGACAGAACGGCCGACUCACCUUCUACCUGCUGCCGUCUGGAGGCCAGCGUGCGUUCAGCGUGGAGAGGGGCAGUGGAGAGAUCCGUCUGAUCUCCAGCCUGUCCUACGACAGUGUCCCGCGCUACGAUCUGCAGGUGCUGGCCCGGGAUGGGGGCAUCCCGCAGCGCAGCGCCACCUUCACUCUGAUGGUGCACGUGCAGGCCGAGGAUGACCAGGGCCCUGCCUUUGACACCCUGACCUACCGUGUGGAGCUGAAGGAAAACACUCCCCUCAACACCCGCUUCCUGCAGGUGCGCGCCCUCAACAGAGACCAGGCUGGAAAUGGAGCAAACGGAGGUUCCACUCCUGCUGAACCGCUGUCCUACCGCCUCCGGCCUGACGGGGACGCGGCCGGCUUCGGGAUCAUCCCGGACAGCGGCUGGCUGUUUGUGAAGAGCGCUCUGGACAGGGAGGCCAAAGACAUCUACCUGCUGACAGUACUGGCCACCACAGGCAGUGGGCGCAUGAAGAAAACGGGCAGUGCCACAGUGAGGGUCUCUGUGACAGACGAAAACGACAACUCCCCUCGUCUCUCUCAGGAGAGGGUCUUCCUGGCUGUGAGAGAGAACCUGCCUGCAGGAACGGGGUUCGGCAGGGUUUCGGCUACCGAUCGUGACGCCGGACUCAACAGCCGGCUCACCUACAGAUUGCUGCACACUGACCGCAACUUCCAGAUCAACUCCCAGACUGGUGAGAUCAGCACCAGGGCGGCGCUGGAUCGUGAGCACCAGUCCAGUUAUCAGCUGGUAGUGGUAGUGCAGGACGGAGGCACUCCUCCACGCAGCGCUACAGGCACGGCCCACAUCACCGUACUGGACGAGAACGACAAUGCACCGGCCUUCAGCCACACGCUGCCAGGCAGAGAGCUGCUAAUCCAGGUGCAGGAGGGUCUGCCGGCUGGCUCUCUGUUGGGAACACUCCAGGCUAAAGACGCAGACGAGGGAGAGAACGGCACGAUCUUUUACUCGUUGUCUGGGUCCAGAGCAGAGCGGUUCUCUCUGAACCCGAACACGGGGGAGCUGCGUUCUUCUUCCCCAUUGAGAAGGGCUGAGAAAGCCGAGUAUAGUUUCACGGUGACCGCCUCCGAUCGUGGUGCUCCGCCUCAGAGCUCGUCCUGCGUCCUGCGCAUACAGGUUCUGGGGUCUGCUAGAACUUCUCCCAAACCCAACACCCUGUCCAUGACCCUCAACUCGGUGGAGGGAGCACAGCCAGGCUCCAUCAUAGGUUCUGUGCGGUCACAUGAACAUCGUGAUGUGGCGCUUGACGGACAGGUGACUUACCUCGUAGUGGGUGGAACCGAUCAGGAUGGUACCUUCAUGGUUGACCGUCUGACAGGGGAUGUGUAUUUGGCCAGGGAGCUGGACUAUGAAAAAGGAGCUCGCUACACCUUACAGAUCGAAGUGGACGACUUCUCAAAGACCUACCCUAGCACCUAUAUGGUCCAGCUGGAUAUCAAUGUGCAGGACAGCAAUGACCAUGCUCCAGAGUUCCCUGAAGAUCCUGUUACCAUAGUUGUCCCUGAGAACAUGCAGCCAGGCUCCUCCAUCUACACCUUCCAGGCCACUGAUAAGGAUGGCAGUGGCCCCAACAGUGAGGUGCGCUACUCCAUCCAGCACCGCUGGCCUGACCGCUCAGAUCUUCUGAGCCUUGACCCCGUAACUGGAGUGCUGACUCUGGGUCAGGAGUUAGACCACGAGGACACCUCCAGCCUGUUCCUGGUGGUCCGAGCCACCGACUCGGCAGCGGAUCCCAACCAGAGGCGCUGGGGCUCAGUUACGGCCCGCAUCUUUGUGACGGAUGAAAAUGACAAUGCUCCAGUCUUCAGCUCUCCUACAGCGGUCAGCAUGAUGGAGGAUCAGCCUGUGGGCUUUGUGCUGCUCUACGUGAUGGCCCGGGACGCUGACCAGGGUGAAAACGGCCGAGUGUCCUAUCGUAUCCAGACUGGCAAUGCAGCAGGCCGCUUCAGCCUCAACCCCAACACCGGUUCUCUCUCCAUCCUCAAAGCUGUGGACCGUGAGGAGCAGGACAGCUAUAAUCUCACUAUCGUCGCUGAGGAUCAUGGGACACCGCAGCACUCCACCACUCAGGUGCUGUCGGUGCAGGUCAUUGACGUGAAUGAUGAGGCUCCCUGGUUUGAGAAGAGCGAGUAUGAGGUCAACGUCAGAGAGAACCAGCCGGCCGGAACCGCUGUACUCACCGUAUCUGCCGCUGACAGAGAUCAAGGUACUAACGGGCGUGUAACUUAUGGAGGUGUGACAGUGGAAGGCUUCCUCAUUUCUCCUGACACUGGAGUCAUUUCACUCACCAAGGUCCUUGACAGGGAGCAGCAGGAUCACUAUACUGUGACUGUGUAUGCCAAGGAUGGAGGGAUGCCCCCUAACUUUGCCAAAGCCACGGUGCAUAUCACAGUCCUGGAUGAGAAUGACAAUGCUCCGGUUUUUGGGAGGCUACAGUACAGUCUUGAGCUGCCAGAGAACCUCGAACCUGUAGAGCUUUUUAUCAUCAAAGCCACUGACCAAGACAGCGGUGAGAGUGGCAGACUGGAGUACAGGAUUACCGCUGGAGACCCAGAUGGUGACUUUCAGCUGGACAGCAGCUCAGGAGCUUUGUCCACCUCUCGACCCCUGGACAGAGAGAAGAGAGACAGCUACUCUUUGCAAGUGGUUGCCCAAGACCAUGGCAGCCCCUCCCUCAGCAGCACAGCCACUGUGGAAAUCACUGUACUUGACGUCAAUGACAACAGCCCCAAGUUCAGCAGUAGUAGCUAUACCAUAGAUGUUUCAGAAGAUGCAGCUGUUGGGUCUCCGGUGCUGGAUGUGACAGCCAAAGAUGCUGAUGAUGGACAGAAUGGUCAGAUCUUGUACUUCCUGAGCAACGAAGCUCGAGGUGCUUUCACAGUAGAUCCUGACACAGGUAGAAUUGUCACAGCUGCUCCACUGGACAGAGAGAGAAUAGCCUCCUACAGCUUCCAGGUGUGCGCUGUUGACCUGUCCCCAGCUUCGCCCCGUAACACCACGGCCCAGGUCACCGUCACCAUCCUGGACGUUAACGACAACGCGCCCUUCUUUAUCCAGGAUCCCCUCAUCAUCAACGUGUCCAGCAGGAGCGUGUCCACCAACCACGUGGUGGCUACCAUGAGAGCAGAAGAUAAAGAUUUUGGGGCCAAUGGCUCCGUGUUUUAUCGUUUUGCCGUUCCUGUGCGAGGCUUCUCCAUAAACUCCCUGACUGGAGAGAUCCGGACCACGGAGUUGCUGAGCAGCUUGACCCAGAGUCAGCGUACGCUCAUCGUGGAGGCCAUGGACCAGGGCAACCCUGUCCAGUCCUCCUUGGGGGUAGUCAUCAUCUACGUGAAGGAACAGGACUACCAGGGCAUCCGCUUCUCGCGCACCACCAGAGACGUCAGCAUCCAGGAGAACGCAGCCAAAGGUACCGCAGUAGCUCAGGCCCAGGCGCAGUACCCGGACGGCACCCGCAGUGGCAUCACGUACAGCAUCUUCAGUGGGAACAGACAGCAGUCCUUCAGCAUCACUUCCAGCACGGGUGAGAUUUGGGUUCAGAGCUCCAGUGGCCUGGAUUUUGAAGACACUCCAAGACUCCGCCUAGUGGUAAAGGCUGAAACUGCAACUUCCAGCUCAUUCAUGGCUGUCAACCUCAUUCUUCAGGACGUCAAUGACAACCUGCCCCGCUUCCAGCUGCAAAACUACGUGGCAUACAUGCGUGAGGCACAGGGCUAUGACUCUCCUAUUAUUCAGGUUGUAGCUGAGGACGUGGAUCAAGGCCCUAACGGUCAGGUCACCUACUCCAUCCAGUCCUCCAGCCGCAGCGGCUUGUUUAAGAUCGACCCUCUGACCGGCAGCAUCACCACAGCGGCCAUCAUGGACCGGGAGAUCUGGAUGCAGACCAAGCUGGUGAUUACAGCGACAGACCGUGGCAGCCCCAAGCUUGCUGGUUCAGCCACCCUGACUGUCAUCAUCGUGGACCUCAAUGACAACAGCCCUACGAUCCCCCUGCCGAGAGAAGUGAGAGUGCCAGAAAACUCACUUAUCGGCACCGAGAUCACCAUGGUAACGGGGAACGAUGUGGACUCGGGCCCAGCGCUUUCUUAUUCUCUCCGUCUGGACACUCCCUCGCAGGGCAAGUUUGGAAUCCACCGCUAUAACGGCAGGGUGUUUCUGACUGCUCCGCUGGACUUUGAGGAGAGGACGUGGUACACCCUAACAGUUCAAGCCUCGGACUCUAAGCAUCAGAGCGAGGCCAAUCUCACUGUACUGGUGGAGGACGUGAAUGAUAAUGUGCCUACUUUCACACAAGACCUGUACCAGGUGACGCUGCCAGAACAUUCUCCUCCAGGCAGUCCUGUGGUCACGGUAACAGCCACAGAUCGAGACUCGGGAGAGAAUGGAAGGGUCACCUAUCGAGUGAUGUCGUCAUCCCGGGAUGGCUUUUAUAUUGACCCCAAUAACGGCACUUUGUUCAUCAGCCAGAAAGCUGAAUUUGACCCAGAGCGUCCAUCUGUGAGUGUGGUCAUUGAGGCUUGUGAUGGUGGAAAGCCACCUCUGUCCUCCAUUGCCACUGUCCAGGUCCAGCUCACAGAUGUGAAUGACAAUGCCCCCACGUUUCAUCAGUCGGAAUACAGAGCCGCAGUGUCUGAGGACCAGCUCCCUGGAGCCACCAUCCUGACCUUGGAAGCAGUGGACGGUGACCUUUCGCAAGAAAACUCAGGCUUCGAUUUUGCCAUCGCAAGUGGAAACGUCGGGAACGCCUUUCAGAUCGAGAGUAGUGUUCGUUUCAUUGAAGGUCAUGGCUUUCAGACAGUAGGGACACUGAUCUUGGCAGAACAGCUGGAUUUUGAGGCAACAUCUCGCUACAACCUCACUAUCGUGGUAUCAGAUCGCGGUGUUCCCCAGCGCAGCUCCAGUGUGCCUGCUGUCAUCACUGUGAUUGAUGUCAAUGACAACCCGCCUGUAUUCAGCCACGCUGAAUACAUAGUGGCUCUGAGUGAGGGAGCUGCAGCCGGCACCGAAAUCCUACGGCUGUCUGCAACUGAUCAAGAUUCAGCCCCCCAUGCCGAGAUCCAAUACAGCAUUAGCUCUGGAGACGAGAAGGAGCUGUUCUCAGUAGACCAGUGGACUGGAGCACUGCGACUGCAGAGGCCUCUUGACCGAGAGACUCAGCCUUCCCAUGUAGUCAUCAUUCAAGCCUCAGACGGUCAUGGUCACUUUGCUCUGGCUCCUAUCAAUGUGGAGGUGAAGGAUGUCAAUGAUAAUAGGCCCUACUUCCCUAUUGAGACAAUGUCUGCAAGCAUUCGAGAAAACCAACCCCCUAAUUCAGCAGUCACAGUGUUGCAUGCCAUAGACCAUGACACUGGCAUCUAUGGACAGCUGAAAUACUUUAUAGUAGACAAACCCAGUCAAGGAAAAGACUUCUUUGCGGUGGAUCAGACCACAGGGGAAGUGCGUUCUCGUCAGGCCUUUGACUUUGAGAAGGUGAACUCUUUUCAUUUCAUGGCUUUAGCUGUUGAUGCAGGUAACAACUCUGCCACAGUCACUGUACAAGUCUAUGUCACCGGGGAGGAUGAGUAUGAUCCGAUCUUCACUUCCUCAGCCUUCUCCUUCGAGGUGCCAGAAGGAGCCAAAAAGGGCCAGAGUAUUGGGCAGGUGCAAGCCAUGGAUGAGGAUGGUGGUGUGGAUGGGAUCGUGCUCUACUCUUUCCCAAACAGCUCUCCGUACUUUGAGGUGAACAAGACCACUGGUGUGAUCUACCUCAAAAUGGACAGCUCUGGAAGUUCUGGUGGAUCAGGCCGCUCCAAAAGGGAGACUCGCCUUAUGACCAUGGAUGUUACUGCCCAUAGUCCUCUAGAAACCUCAAGGGUCACAACUGCCCAACUAACCAUUGAUGUCACCAACACUUCUUUUGGACUUGCAACUGACUUCAACAUUCUCCUGAUCAGCAUCAUUGCAGCCUCUCUUGGCGUAAUAGUCAUCUUAGUCAUAAUUGCCGUGGCACUGUAUCUAGUAAAGUCCAGGCGCAAGAAGAAAGGGCAGAACACUGAUACUGUGGAUUCAGGCACUGCACUGCAGCAGUUGGAUGAAUCCAAAUCUGCUGGUGGAGAAAGGAUCUACCACCAGACCCUUCCUGGGUAUGCUGGCGAUCAGGGUGGAGGUGGAGGUUCCUACACCAGAGGGGGCUCCUUAGAUCCAUCACACUCCAGUGGCAGAGGAUCCGCAGAGGCUGCAGAGGACGAUGAGAUCCGGAUGAUAAACGAGUAUCCUCGAGUGGCUAGCAUCACCUCUUCCAUGCAAGAGCACAUCUCCGCCCGGGGACCUGAUUCCGGAAUCCAGCAGGACGCAGACCAGCUCUCUGACAUCUCCUGUGAACCAGGGGCGCUGGAUGCCAGCCAGUGGUUCAAAGGGAAGAAGCUGGGGAGCCUAAGUGGCACGUUGCUCUCAGGGCAGCUUCCAAUCUACAGAGAUGAAGGUGGUGGCUACCUUGGAGUAGGCAGAGGGCUGAAUAUAUCCCAUCCCAAGGAUUAUGCCUUCCCUGAGGAUGGCAAACCUUCGGUAGAUGGGUCCCUCACAGCCAUUGUCGCAAGUGAUGAGGAGUUGCGAGGCAGCUACAACUGGGACUACCUUCUCAACUGGUGCCCGCAGUUCCAGCCUCUUGCUAAUGUCUUUACGGAAAUCGCAAGACUGAAGGAUGAGAGCAUACCCCCUAACAACCCACGGCGACCCUUCCAACCCAAAGCCAAGACAGAUCCUAAACCAAGAAUUGAUCCACCCCCUCUCAUUACCUCUGUAGCUCACCCUGGUGCCAAGUCUGUUCCACCAAAGCCUGCCAUCGCACGGACGUUUCCACACCUAGCGUCCCUAAGACGCUCUCCUAUCAGCCACGAGGGCUCCAUUUCAUCAGCAGCCAUGUCCCCCAGCUUUUCCCCUUCCCUGUCCCCUCUGGCAGCCCGAUCACCAGCAGUUUCCCCUUUUGGUGUCACACAAGGUCCCUCAGCCUCCAUGAUUAGCACCACAGAGCACUCCUUGGAGCACAAUGAUGAGGCAGAGAUGAGGAUCUAAUUCUGCCAUAUUGUGGGGAGCAUUGACCUCUUGUUUGGAAAACGCAUGCAAACCACUAAAGACGUUUGAAAAAAAGCGAAAAGGGACUCGCUUCAUAGCUGUCUGCGUGACACAGGUUUCUGGUAACUGACGUUAACAAGGGUUAAAAAAAAAACUGCGUUGCUGUGAAAUGACGAUACCCUUCAUCAGAGCCAAUGUAGAGUUUUGAAGAUUUGUAUGCUGUUUUGUGUCACCUCACUGGCUGGCCAGUGAGAUAAGGCUUUAGUGCUCUUUUGUUUUUGAUACUGAUGAAUGACUGCUUUGAAACACCAGUGUCUUGCAGAGUCUGUCCAAGAUGGCUGCUAUCACCACACUUUCUGGACCCCGUUUGAACUGUCUGAAAGAUAUUUCACUGCAAACGCACGCGGUAGCUGACUUAUAUACGCAAAUGUAUUUUUAACUGUUCCCCUGCAUCAUAUUACAUGUUCUUUAGUUUCUGAAGAAGAAAAUGCAAUUACCUCGCAUUUAAGAGGCGCUCACUGCAUUUACAUUCUGUAUAUUUGUAUGUAUUCUAGCCAUAGUGUGUAAGCCUUAUUGUUGUAUAGUGUUUGAUAUCAUCAGUAUGUAUGGUUGUCAAUUUUGGUGUGAUUCUUGCUCUGUGAUGUGAAUGACUGGGGAGUGUUGUGUUUUGAUAAUUAUUUAUACUAAGGUCGAUUCAUGAAGAUGUUGAGAGUACCCAUGUUGCAUAAUAUUAUAUUAUACUUUUUUUUUUUUCUACCUUUGUUCCCUUUGUUUAACACUAGAUCUUCCAGCAUCAUAGUGGAGCUUGACAUGGAAAUGUUUGAGGCUUAUCUUGAGGCCUAUUCAGUAAAAAUGACUGAAAAUACAGCAAAGAGACUUCAUGUGAUAAGUUUUCCUGCACAGUGCCAACUGAAGAAAAACAGUCCUUGCUCAGUACUUUUUGUAUGUUAGCUUGUUUGUGAUUAUUCUGACUCUAAGUAUGGGAGAUUUGAUCAUUCGGUUCCUCUGGCAGGUAAAGAAACGUCCCUGUUAGUUGCAAUUUUGACUAGUGUCUUCAAGUCAUGUGCUUCCAUAUUUACCCAAAAGGUCAAUGAAAUUGAAACCCCAGGGAAGCUGCCCACACCUGUAGUGGCCAACAGUAUUGGACUCACUAUAACAUGAGAUACAUACAUUCUGGGAUAAAUCUUGGACAUUUAGAAAAGUAAAAGCUUUAAUAUUCUUUCCUAUCCCUGUACACUCUCCGCUGCAAAGAAGAUUACAGCAAAUGGACGUCCUCCUAUUUUCCUGGACAUCCACCUGUCUUCUGAGGACUGUUUGGCUACCUCUGGUGCAUGCCUAAUACCAACACUGCCUCAAGCUGGAAUGGCCCUCUUCUAGCCCUCAGUACACAUUCAAGGAAAAGGAGGGCGUGAAAUGGUUAGACUGUCUAAUGCAGUUACGAUUAAAAGUUGACCUUCUAUUGUUUAAGAGUGUGGAAUGAGUCCAUUUUGAAACAAGUUUGACCCAAGACAGCUGCCAAACUCCUGGCAGCAGAGUGGUAGAAAUCAUCUGUACAUAUAUUUAAAGGAACCAUUAAAUUCCUACUGAUUUCUUUUGUCAAA